AUGGAUCACGGACGCGACCCCUGCCCCUGGGUCAUCUUUAACGACUUUGGUGGUGCUUUCUGCAUGGGUGCCAUCGGUGGCACCAUCUGGCACGGCGUCAAAGGAUUCCGCAACUCACCCUAUGGCGAACGACGUAUCGGUGCCAUCACCGCUAUAAAGAUGCGUGCCCCUGUGCUGGGCGGCAACUUUGGUGUAUGGGGCGGCCUCUUCUCGACGUACGACUGCGCCGUCAAGGGUAUUCGCAAGAAGGAAGAUCCGUAUAACGCUAUCAUUGCUGGUUUUUUUGUCGGUGGUUCUCUCGCUUUCCGUGGCGGUUUUAAAGCUGCUCGCAAUAAUGCCAUUGGUUGUGCUGUUCUGCUUGCUGUCAUUGAAGGUGUCGGUAUCGCAUUUUCCAAGAUGCUGUCGGGGGGUACUAAGUUGGAGAUGCCGCAACCGCCGCCGAGCAUGGAGAAUGCAAGCUUGUAA